GACAGGCAGUAUUUACGCAGGAGCGAGUCGGUGCAGGGCGCAUGUGGUGCGUUGUCACGGUAAAACCUUGGAACCGGGGGGUAAGCGAAGUCCUAAAUGACAGUAAGUCAUGGCGCCCUUGUCUCUGUCAAGAUUAUUCAGAAGUAAAGGACAUUUCCAGAGAUUGAUUGUCAGCUGCAACGCGUUGCACACUCACGGCGGGUCGUGGACUUGCUGCGACCGGACUCCGAGCACUCCCCAGCAUGGACAGAGGUUCGGCGCGGUCAGUGGGAUAGGUGGAACCGUGCAGGGUCUGGUAAACCACAGCGGUACCCUGAUCGCUGCGGCACCGCUGUGUACCAGCGCAGACAGCGGCGUGGACAGGACAAGCUGGCUCUGGUCUAUUUAUAAUGAAACUAAAAAGCAGACCGAAGAAUUAAUACCAGUUAUAUCAAGCAACUCUGUGAACCCUGACACUAUCUUUGCCAACAAUGAGAUAAGCCUCCAGGACAUCGAGAUCUAUGGCUUUGACUACGACUACACUCUGGCAUUCUACUCCAGCCACUUACACACGCUGAUAUUCAACAUCGCCCGGGACAUUCUCGUUGAAGAACACAGGUACCCUGAGGGGCUACGGGAGUAUGAAUACAUCCCCGAUUUUGUCAUCAGGGGCCUGCACUAUGACGUCCAGAAGGCGUUACUGAUGAAGAUUGAUGCCUUUCACUAUAUUCAGUUAGGAACAGUGUACAGGGGUCUUCACCCAGUGCCAGAUAAGGAGGUCAUCGCUAUGUACGAAGGGUCCCACGUGCCCCUGGAGAUCAUGAGUGACUUCUACGGCAAGAGCUCCCACGGUCACACCAUGAAACAGUUCAUGGACAUCUUCUCCUUACCUGAGAUGACUCUCCUCUCCUGCGUCAACGACUACUUCAUGAAGCACAACAUCGACUACGAGCCUGUCCACCUGUACAAGGACGUGAAGGAGGCGAUAGGCGAUGUGCACGUGAAGGGAAUUAUGUAUCGAGCUGUGGACGCCGAUAUCGAGAAGUAUAUCUGCUAUGGUGAGCAGACACACGCUGUACUCAGGAAGCUGUCGGAGAAUGGGAAGAAGAUGUUCCUCAUCACCAACAGCCCCUUUGACUUUGUAGAUCGGGGGAUGAACUACAUUGUUGGGAAAGACUGGAGGGACCUGUUUGAUGUGGUCAUCGUGCAGGCCGACAAGCCUGGCUUCUUCAACGACAGGAGAAAGCCCUUCAGACGGCUGACUGAUAAAGGGGUAUUGCUGUGGGACCGGAUUCACCACCUGGAGAAGGGACAGAUCUACAAGCAGGGCAACUUGUAUGAGUUCCUGCGUCUCACUGGCUGGAGGGGGUCUAAGGUGCUGUACUUCGGGGAUCACAUCUACAGCGACCUGGCUGACCUGACGCUGAAGCAUGGCUGGAGGACGGGGGCCAUCAUUCCCGAGCUGAGGAAGGAAAUAAAGAUCAUGAACGCGGAGGAGUACGUCCACACCAUGACCUGGCUGCAGAGCCUCACCAGCCUGGUGGAGCAUAUGCAGGUGCACAGAGACCCUGCCUCUCAGGCAGUUGUCCAGGAGUGGAUCAGGGAAAGGGAGAGCUUGAGGUCUCAGACGAAGGACAUCUUCAACGCGCAGUUCGGCAGCCUCUUCCGCACCUACCACAACCCCACCUACUUCUCGCGCCGGCUCUCCCGAUUCGCCGACAUCUACAUGGCGUCGCUCAGCUGCCUGCUACGCUACGACCUGCGGCACACCUUCUUCCCCCGCCGCACCCCGCUGCAGCACGAGGCCCCCUUCUGGCCGGAGCAGACCACUGCAGGCGCCAUGAAGUUCCCCCUCCCUGCAGAGAGGGCGCAGGGUGUGUCUGAGUAGGGCUGCUCACGUGGACGUGCCCGGGACAGUGGUGUCAGUGUCCAGGUCCGUGGGGAUCUCCGAACUUGCAUGCGCUCAUUGUAUGAAGAGUGUAGGUUUUUUUUAAUGCUGUUUUUCCCUUUUAUGCAACCCUAUUUUGGAAUCGCCAGUUGAAUAUCAGGCUUGUGUCGCCACGACUACCUCUCCACUUGCAGAGCCAACAGACGUUUUUUGCACUGCAAGUCACACAGCAUAUUACAGUGCCCUGGGCGCUCAUUGGAGGAUAGGUGCUAAUCUUCUGAUGUCAUCCGAGCAACUCGCCUGGCCCUUAUGAAUUGCAGAGUGUGGCAAGACCUACCUACCCCUAUCCCAGUUAGUUCUGCCGCUGUGGUCUCCCGCUCAUAGCACGCUGAUGACAUGGCUGGGUUGGAACCUCGGCUUUAGAGCUCAGCUUGCGCUCAAAGUGAGUGCAUUAACCACUGAGCUGCUCAGGAGAGUGUAGGUUUACCAACGGUAAGGCCUUUCUGAUUAGUUUGUGCCAGUUUGUCCAACCAGACACUUUACGUGGAUGUCGCUUUCAAAUGUUUUCUUUUUACUUCAGCCGGUUUUCUUGAAAUAUAUUUCAAGAACCACAUCAUCUACUUAGUCUCUGAAACAUUAUCCUUAUUGCUAUAAUUUAACUUGGUGUUAUAAUAAU